ACUGCGAUAAUGUUCACUAGAUGGCGGUGCGAUUCAGCCGUGAUUUUCAAAUGUUUGUUGUAUAAAUUAUGCGCGUUCUUGUGCACAAACAUCAUCAUCAAUAUGUUGUGGUAGACGGAUAGAAAAUGGAAUUGUCAUCGAAAAAGGAGACCGGAGCUGUGGCUCUUAUUAAUCGACUACUGGACCAGUGCAAUGUCGAAAAAGAGGUGGUCACAUUGGACGAGGUCACAGCUGACCUCAUCAUCAACCUCCACGAAAGUCUGUUAGGCGACCCAUUGAUAGAUGCGAUCCGGAGUCCGUCGACGCAGGAGGAUGACGCGCACAACGUGCAGUGCGCGAUCGACUCUCUCUCGCUCGACAUCCUGCACAUGCCGAUGUCGCACAUCAACGGCGAAGACAUCGUUCACGGGGACAAGGUGGCGCUGUGUUACCUGAUCGAGGUUUACGCGGGGAUCGUGGAGCAGCUGAUGUCAGCGUUGCAGGCUGAGGACGAUGAAGAGAAGGAGGAGGAGCGAGAGCAGAUGUUAGAGGAUGACGAGGAGGAGGAGGAGGAGGAGGACGAGUCAGCAGAGCAACACGAAGAUAGGGAGGAGGAGGAGGAGCAGGAGGAAGACAUGGUCUCUCCCCAAAACGAGUUUCCUGCGGCAACCGGUUUCGAUCCCGAUAGCCCGCGUCCGGCGAGCGGCGAGGCUGCCGACCUAUCAACGAUGGAGCUGAUAGAACUCGGCGUGGAGCAACGCGACGGGGACGACCCGGGGGCGGCGACCACGCCCCGCGACGACACCCAGGAGCUCAUCCUGCUGGGCGUGACCCGCGACCCCUCGGGGUCGGAGGUCGGUGCGGGGUCAGAGGUCAGCGGCGCGGGGUCGCGCGUCGACAGCGGGCACGACGGCGAUGCGGGGUCGGGGGUCGCGGCGCGGGAUCGUCCGGCGUCGAGCGACGAGCGCGUGGGACGGGCGCAGCUGUCCUCCAAGUCACGGGACUCUGCGCUGUCGUCGCCUCCGCUGUCCCAGGACGUUCCACCGAUGACUCCCCACCAGCGAGGGGAAGCCCCGCCGCUCGGGGAGUUCGGGGACAUCGGGGAGGGCCGGCAGGCACCGGAACGGCCGGGAGGGAGGAGGAGGAGCGACGAGAAGGAGGAGGGGUUGGAGACGCGAGGGAAAGCUUCGAACACGUUCACGCACCACGUGUUUCACCACACAGAGCCGCCUAAAGAGCAAGCGCACCAAGAGGUUCAGGUUCCCACUCCCGCCGCCGCCGCAGCUAGGGGGCAGCACGCGGCGCGCGACGACAGACGGGGCGAGAGUUCCCGCAGCGGCAGCGACUACGACGCGUCGUCGAACAGCGCGAAGCGAGACUCCGACAGAGACAGGAGGAGCGGGAGAGCCGGGAAGAACGGCCAGCCGACGAGGGAUUCGACUCUCGCUUCGCUCGGCGGCAGGACCAUGCACCGGCAGCGCGCUCAGGACGUCAGCGAUUCCUCGAUCGGCCACCCUUCCGCGAUCAACAAGGCGACUGCUGCGAUGUCGCGAAGCAGCGUCUCCGAAGCCAGACCGGCGCCCGGGACGGCGCCGGACGCGGUGUUCGUGAGGCCCAGCCACCGCGCCGGCGAGUCGUCCACCCGGCCCUACCUCAACUACGAGAUCAAGUACAACACGGUGCCGUUCCCGACGGGCGACCGCGGCGAAUCCACCGCCACGCAGCGACGUUCCGCGAACAACGCAGAAGAACGCGCGGCGGCGGCGGCGAAGGGGGAAGGUCGCGACGCGGGUUCUAGUCAGCACAGAACUGAGAAGUUACCCGACGACUCGACCGAACGCGAUGUCGGACGCGCGGAGUCGUCGAGAGCGACUCGCGAGCCGGCCGCGCGGAAGGACGCCGGGCGAACGGGGCGUGGCGGGGAGCCGCCGGGAGACGAAGGCAUCAUCUACGCCACCAGGGAGCACGACGCGCCGAUGCCGUCGCGCGGCGGCGGAGGUGGCGGCGGUCGCCGCGGCAACGGGAAGCCAUACGAGAAGAUACUGGACGACGUGGAGAAGUCUCUGCAGCUGUCGCAGCGGCUGCUGGAUCCGAUACCGAUACACAGCGAACAUCUCAUGAUCAGCCCGCUGAGACAGAGCGAAUACGUCGACCUGCGAAUAGGAGGAAAUGAGGAAGACGACGGUGCCGAUGAUGGUGAUGAUGUCCACGCGACCCAUAAGUCAAAAAAGCUACCUCAGGCUUCACGUAAGAGCGACAGGGACGGGUACAAGCUUGAAACGCAGAAGCGAAGCAUGAAGCGUAAGAUCGCGUCAGCUCCCCCGCCAAAACUAAUGCAGCCAAGCAGCACCAUCGACCCGUUCAAGCGACCAAUCGGCCGACCGCGAGCGACACGCAGGCAGGUCAGCGGCCCCAGCAAUCACCAGAGGUCAGCGGCUCUGAUAAGCAUGGCGAGAUCCAUGGUGACGGCAACAUCCCAGAGGUCGCGAGAUGUCACAAGGUCGUCCGCGACCGGGAAAGGUCACGACAGGCUGGCAGGAGUCUUUCCGACUAGGUGCGCUAGUGCGAGACCGUCCCGCCUACAGAAACAAGAUGGCCGACCGCGCGCGAGGAGCUCGUCUGCUCCGCGCAGAAAACAAGAGAACGUCACCACGGACGAGAAAAAAUCCAGCGGAGUGCGCGCGCCGGAGAGACCCGAGCGAGAGAAGAAGCGACACGUGUCGUUUGAGAAGGAAUCCAAGGAGAGGAGGAAGGCGCAGCAGCAGCGGCCGAUUUCCGCUACAAGGUCGUCCUCUCCCAGAGCGAAGAGACAACCAGGUACUGUGCUAUACCCGCCCGCCCGAUCCAGAGCCACCACCAGAGAGCGCCGACGUAGCGUGUCCGUCAGCCCGUCGGUUGGCCGAACCCCACGUAGCGACGACGUUCCCGAGGACAUGCUGGCCCAACUGCUGGACGAGUUUCCGUUCCUCUACCUGUCGCACGAGGCGGUGCACCACAUGUACGAGCAGCAGAUACGGCAUCUGGAUGCCGUGAAGCGCAUCACGCGAAACACCUCGCAGGCACGCACCAAGGCUCAGAUUUUGCUGGAUGAAGCAGAGUACAGGCAGGCACUGUUGGCAAGAAUUCUGAAGAAGGAAAGAGAUCAUAACAUACGAUUGCGGGAGAAAACCGACAGAGAGUCCAGUCAGAGGAGUCUCCAAUCCCAGCUUCAGCAACAACGACAGCAGUCGGCACGUCUGCACCGUUACUAUGACGACUACCAGCUGCAGAUGCGUGCGAAGAUGACUCGGCAGAAAACCAAGGAAGAGGUGAUGUUCAAGCGUAUGUUCAGCGAGGCGCUAGAGCUGCAGAAGAGCGAGUUGGGGAGCUGAGAACUACGCGAGAGAGCAAAGCAUGAAGAGAAGUCGUGAUCAACGCAUGCUCACGCGGCUCCCUCGAGACAUACUACGACGAUCAGUUUACCAUGCUUGCCGAGUCCGUAGCCAAAGAGAGAGACUACCUGCACAGUAGAGACCAGGCUCAGGCUAAG